UUAAAAACAAAAGGUCUACAAGCGAAUUGAUCAUUUGUCCCACACUGCUGUUUCAGUUGUCAAAACAAUGGGAAUGAUCGACUAUUUUUAAGAACGUUCUGUUUGUCGGUCUUGCUGUUUGUCUAGAGCUGUAACUGUCGGUUAAAUAAAGUCGGCGAAGUUGUUUUACUGGAGCACAACCACUGCACUCAGCUAAAUAGGAAGCACGAGACUAGUGUGUUGAAUUUGUAAGAACAGACAGCAUCUUCCAUAUUAUCAAUGGCAUCACAAGAGAAAACCAAACUGGUGCUGCUGGCAUGCGGGUCCUUCAACCCCAUCACAAACAUGCACCUGCGUAUGUUCGAACUGGCUCGGGAUCACCUGGAAGACACUGGAAGAUACAGAGUGGUGAAAGGCAUAAUCUCUCCAGUUGGAGAUAGCUAUAAAAAGAAAGGUUUGAUUGGAGCCUGUCAUCGGUUAGAGAUGGCUAGACUGGCCACGGAGAACUCUGAUUGGAUCACAGUGAACGACUGGGAGAGUCAGCAGUCGGAGUGGGUGGAGACAGCCAAAGUAGUUCGGCACCAUCAUGCAGAACUAAUUUCCAGCGAGGACAGCAACAAUGAUGACGUGGACACAGUAAGGUGUGGGAAGAGGAGAAAGCUGGAGCAAAAUAAAAGCAUCUGUCAGAGUUCUUAUAUUAACACAAAUGCAGACACCCCUCAUCUGAAGCUGCUAUGUGGUGCUGAUGUGCUGGAGUCAUUUGGUGUCCCCAACCUUUGGAAGCCAGAGGACAUUGAGGAGAUUGUGGGAAAGUACGGUGUGGUGUGCAUCACAAGAUGUGGCAAUGACGCUGAGAAGUUUAUCAAUCAGUCUGAUGUGCUGUACGAACACCGAAAGAACAUCCAUGUUGUCCGAGAAUGGGUGACCAACGAGAUCUCAGCUACCCAUGUGCGCCGUGCCCUGCGCAGAGGACAGAGCGUGCGCUACUUGCUGCCCGACCCUGUGGUGCGCUAUAUUCAGGAUCACAGUCUGUAUAGCGCUGAGAGUGAGCAGAAGAAUACUGAUGUCAUCCUCGCCCCUCUUCAGAGAUACACCAGCACUAACUAGACUGAUGUUCUGCUGCUUUUGAGCUAGACUCUUGUUCUGUUUGGGGUCUUUGAUCGCGUGAUCGACACUUGAUUUAUAGUGCUUUUUGCUUUCUUGAACACAUUUGGCUAAUGAGCAAAUUGCAG